AUGGAUGGAGACGAACGGCGCAAGGUGCGCUUCGGCGGGGGUUCAUCGGAUGAAGAUGAGGGCAUGGAGAUGCAGGAGCACAAGGUGCCCGUGUUGAAGAUCAACAGCAACAAGGGGAAGGACAAGUAUAAAGAUCUCUUCGUCAUAGAACCCUCUUCAUCUGACGAAGAAGACGACGAGGCCGACCAAGUUCGCUUCCGUCUGCCGCAAGUCAUGAACGGCGGUGACGCCUCGGAGGUGCAAGACCCCGACGGCUUUUCGGUCAGGACACGCGAACGUCGGCCGACCGUGACCGAGCUCAUCUACGAAGCUGCCUCGCCUGGUGCGCACCCGUCAUAG